AUGCUACGUGACGGAAGUAACCUCUACGUGAAUCUCUUCAAAGGGCACAAAGAACCCAUCGCUACUAUUCCAAUUCUGAACGGAAAACUCUAUGUCAUCAACUCUCCAGAUCUCAUCCAAUCAGCCUUGCGAAAUAACGACAUAUCAUUCACUCCGUUCAUUCUCGAAUCCUCAAAGGCGAUGUGGGGUCUCAGCGAUAACGCGAUGGCUUCAAUUUCCGUUGAAGCAAAUCUCAAGGGAGGAAUGCAGCUCAUUCAUUCUACGCUGGGUGGAGAAAGCUUGCAUAAACUUAAUGGUAACUCGCUUUCGAGGUUCAUGACAUAUCUCAAUCGCGUCAAGCCAAGGGAGAUGCACGAAGUGGCCGACACAUAUAUCUGGCUCCGUGAUAUGCUCACUGAUGCAUCUGCCACGGCUGUGUUCGGAUCCAAGAAUCCUAUUACGGCGGAUAAGAUGCACUUGGUUUGGGAAUUCGAUAAGCAAGCAAUGCUGGUAGCAGCCGGCCUCCCCAGUUUUAUGACCAAGACCGCUAUUAACGCAAGACUCAAAAUGAAUGACCUUCUUCUUACAUACUAUAAAAGCGGAAGUGAGAACGAGAAAGGCGUUUCGGAAAUCAUUAAACAGCGAGUCCCGUAUCUUCGUGAAACAAAUUUCACAGACGAUGAUCUAGCACAUAUGGAGCUCAUGAUUCUCUGGGUCGGUGUCACAAACACGGCUCCUGUGCUCUUCUGGCUCUUCGUCCAUGUCCACAGCAACCCUGAAUACACAUCUCGUGUGCGUGCGGAGAUUGAAGCAAUUACUGUUAUCACAGAAACACCAGAAGGAAAAAAAGCGACAUUCGACACGAUAUUACUCGAGAAAUCCUGUCCGUUUUUAAACGCAUGCUACCAAGAGACUUUGAGGCAUUAUUCACAUUCCAUCGGCAAUAGACGCGUUAUGCAAGACACCGAGAUCCAAGAUGCGCAAGGUCGCACAUAUGUCCUCAAAAAAGGCGUCAACGUUCAAUGGCCACCGCCGGUAACACAUUUUAACACCGAGAUCUGGGGUCAAGACGCCGACAUGUUCAGACCCGAGAGAUUCAUGGACGUGACAGCGCAGGACGAGAAGAAGAGAAGAGGCGCUCUGCUUUCUUUCGGCGGUGGAAAGCAUCUUUGUCCUGGGAGAAAGUUCGCGUACACAGAGUUGCUGGGACUGGUUGGUGUUGUCGCACUGGGUUUUAAGGUCAAAGGACUGAAGUUACCCAAGUCGAAGUAUGCUGGAGUGGGAAUUGGUGGGAAAGUGCCAGAUUGGGGAAGUAUGCAAAAGGGGUUCGAGUUGAAAAGACGAUACGGUUGGGAAGACGUUACAUGGAACUUUCACGAAAGUGAUUAA